CGAGAGGGAGAAGACGUCACUGGGUUCCGCGCAGGCGCGUGUGCGUUUGUGUCUAGGCCAGGCGCGCGUUGACUGUGGUGUUUUCCUUCCGUGGGAGCUUUUUCCGUUGGCUUCGCCCUCCCGCCGCCCGCGAGCAGCCUCCUCUCCACGCCUCGGAACAGCGCGCCAUGUCGGACCCGCGAGUCAGGCAGAUCAAAAUAAAAACGGGCGUAGUAAAGCGAUUGGCAAAAGAAAAGAUUAUGUAUGAAAAAGAAGCAAAACAGCAAGAAGAAAAAAUUGAGAAGAUGAAAGCUGUAGCAGCAGAUGACUAUGGAAUUAAAAAGCAGACUGAGAUCUUGCAAGAAUCUCGAAUGAUGAUUCCAGAUUGCCAACGCAGACUAGAAGCAGCAUGUGCAGAUCUUGCUCAGAUAUUAGAAAAUGAAAAAGAGUUGGAAGAAGCUGAAGAAUAUAAAGAUGCACGUUCAGUACUGGAGUCAGUAAAGUUGCAAGCCUAGAUUUCUCUUAUCUAUGCCUUGGUAUUGGGUCCAUUGCCACUGUUCUGUAAUGUUUGGCCAUUGCUGAAUUGCUUAAAGUAGUGUUAAGAGCAACAACAUGCUAAGAGGAUCAUUUAUGCAAUUGUGAAUGUUCAAGAAAAAGAACAAAUUAUUGAAUAAAACCAUCGUCUCCAAUUUGUGUGUGUGCAUUUUGAGUACAGGUAGAACACAUUUAGUUUAUAAAUCUUUUCAAAAUUCUAUAUCUUUCCUUGAAGUCUAAAGCUAAGGUUUUAAAGUGCAACAGGAGUGGGAGUUUAUGAAGAAAUUCCUAGAACUGAGUGUAAAAGCAGAGGCUCUCCUUAUAGUCCUUUUUCUGAAUGAGACUAGAGUGAUCACACUCCCUGGUGGCGCAGUGGUAAAACUGCCGCCCUGUAACCAGAAGGUUACAAGUUCGAUCCUGACCAGGGGCUCAAGGUUGACUCAGCCUUCCAUCCUUCCGAGGUCGGUAAAAUGAGUACCCAGAAUGUUGGGGGCAAUAUGCUAAAUCAUUCUAAACCGCUUAGAGAGCUCUGGCUAUAGAGCGGUAUAUAAAUGUAAGUGCUAUUGCUAUUGCUAUUUGGAGUGAUUUUUUUAAAUUCCUUUUUUGAGGUAGGGUUAUUGGAAUUGGGCAUAUAUAUACUGUACGUAUGUCCAGGAUUGUGCUUGUGAGCAUCCUUCUUGAUGGGAUGUAUGGGCAAGCAGUGUUGAUACCAUUGUACUGGCACAAAAACUGGUAGCAUCUUCACUUAGAAACCUGAGUUUUGCUGGAAGAAUCCUUUGUUCCAGCAUGAGAGCUUAAUAUCCUCUCUCCAAACUGAAUUUCCCCCCUCUGUGAGGCAACAUUCAAGUACUUGGAUAACUGUAAAGUUACAAGCUGACAUAACGCUUGAAUGUUGCCUCAUAAAGUGGGGAAGAAGUUCAGUUUGAAGAGAAAUGCUUAAGCUCUCAUCAUGAAACAAAUGAGAAAAUCAGUUUUUAUUGCAUUAUUAAAAAUUGUGUGCAAAGCUAGCAACUUCUGAAGGGAAUAUCUUGGUAGCAGGCAUCUUGCAAACAAGAUGCCUUGCUAAUUGAUGCACUAAGUCUGUCCAGCAAAUUUUCAAAUAACAUUUAACUAGAUGUGGUGAGAGAGGCUGGAUGUCUACUCGUUUCCUUUACAUUGGUGGUCUGCCACAAUCCUAAGGUUGUAACUUUGUGCAUUGCUAAAGCUGUGCACUUAGGCAUGUUUGACUACCCAGAAAUAUGUGCUGCCCUCCUCAAUGAAGAGCCUGAACCUUCUUACAAGUUUGCUGAUUGGCCAGCUAAACAAACACAGGAGCAUAUCCUUCUGUUUGUAUCUUUCAUUAGCUAUGUAGUCCAUAUGUUGUGAUGUAAAUGCCACAAAGGUGACACUCUUAUGUUUCCUUAAUGGGCUCUCUGAUUCUUCAUUCCGCCAUUGUGCAAACUAUUAGUCAAACAGCACAUUAGAGCAAUGCACCAUUAAGAGAUACUCUUAAACCAGGAAAUCCUCUUUCCCAGCAAUGUGGGGCAUCUAUUUGCUGCCAAUAUCUUCAGGGUUCACCUGAAUGCACUCAACUGCCAUGGAUUCAGAGAUUACUGGCAGAUCAUGAGUAGCUGACUGGUCAGCCUGGCAGGCCCCUUGCCAUGUGCUAACCUUCAGGGGUAUUUUCAGCAGGAAAGUGGUGCAAGGGAAAUGCUAACCCGUUGCCCAGUGUGCUGCAAUCAGUCAAGUCCCACAACUCUCAGGGACAACUCUCAACUCUUCUGGGAGGCUGCAAAGGGAAGGGUGGAUUGCCAAAAAUCACUUCUCUCUGCACACAGCUCUUUAGUUUGAAUGCUGACUGGAGUCAUCAAGUAGUCAAACUGAUUCUAAACCCACAUCAAAAAUCCUACUCAGAGAGGAAUAUUCAAUGAACUGGAACAGAACCCCAGACCUAAACUCCUUUGUCUCGAACCGGAACCAGAAACAAACCUUUGUAUGUAGAAAGUGGUAAUCUAUUCAAAAUAAGUGGUUCAGUAAUCAAGCAUUCAUCUUUCAAUUAUAUAAUUUUAGGUUCCUGUUCUAAUCCUGUUUAUGUAUUAUUGUGUUUGAUUUAAUAAGAAACUUAUUUAAUUUUUCCCAAAGUAAAAAAAUUACUGUGUACUAUAGAGUUUCAUUGCCAGAUUGAGUUUGAUAUAAUAUUGUACAAAAUGUAUCAAAACUGGGUGAAUGGAAAGUGGUAACUUGUUGCCCAGUGUCUGAACCACUCUAAAUUGAAUCAAAACAUUUUCAAAAAAUAGUGAUGAACCGGAAAUGAACACACAUCUUAAUUGUUCAGCAUUCCCUGAGUGCCAUAUGGAGACUAUUAUUUUGAACCAUUCUGUGAUGCAUUUCCUAGGAGGCAAAUGAUGAUAAAAGGGCUGCCACAAAUAGAGUUUCUUUUAUUUUUGGGAGCAGGCGUUCCUUUGCACUGAUUGUGUUCACAUCCAAAAUUUCUAAUAAUCACAAACUGACUGACUUUCAACUGGCUCUUGCAACAGAUGUUUUGCUCUCCUCUCAUCUGAAAUGUGAGGAAACCAUUUUCAAUGUAGUUUGCUCAAUUUUCAUUGUAUACAUGACUUAACAAAACCAUCCGGUUUCAUCUAGCCCCUAAUUUUACACUCACAAUCUUCCAUAAUAUUUUAACGUUUUUCUCUUGUUCACCAGUAAUGAAAAAUUGGUGGGUGUUUUGUUUUUUAAAGAGUACAGUGGACUGGACAGAAUUUCACAGAUGCAUGGUGACUAGUGUGAUUUUAAAAAGCUAAUUGGAUCUUACCGUGUCUAUUGUAUUUUCUAAAAUGUUUGAAGCUUGUGGGGUUUUGUGUAACAAGCUUACAUUAUAUUUGGCAUUUGUAAAACUAUUAAAAAGUAGGUUGGCAAUA